AGGCCAGUCCUGCUACUCCUUUCCCCUUUCCUCUUUUAUUCUUCUUCUUCUUUUUCUCUUCUUCUCAGCUUUCAAGGUUCAACAACGUCCAAUUCUAGGAUCAUGGGCCGAACCAGCACGAGGCUAACAAGCUUCUGCUUAAACCAUGGUGCAACUCCAAUCCGACGAGUCCGGUCUCCACCGAUCGAGGCGUGUGAGCCCCUCGAGCCUUCUGCCAUUGUGGAGGAGUGCAGUGGUGUGACAAAGAAGGAUGUGGAGGUUGGCAGAAGGAUCAUGGUUGUCGUAGACUCGAGCCUGGAAGCUAAGACUGCCUUGCAAUGGACGCUCUCUCACUCGGUCCAGAGCAAUGACACUAUUGUUCUGCUGGACAUUGUGAAGCCAUCCAAGCAUGGUGACCAGCUUCAACGGGAGAGAGAUCCAAAGGGUUCUGGGCUUCUCUAUGCUCUGAAGAAUAUCUGCCAAUCCAAAAGACCUGAGGUCCAAGUUGAAUUUUCUCUAGUGGAAGGGAAAGAGCGAGGGCCGACCAUCAUUGAAGAGGCCAGAAAGCAGGGAGCCUCUCUCCUUGUCAUGGGGCAGAAGAAGCGAUCAAUCACUUGGCGUCUACUAAUGAUGUGGACUGGAAAUAAGAUUGGAAGCAGCAUCGUAGACUACUGCAUGCAGAAUGCAAGCUGCAUGGCUCUAGCAGUGAGGAGGAAGAGUAGGAGAGGUGGUGGAUAUUUGAUCACUACCAAGCGUCACAAAGACUUCUGGCUUUUGGCUUAAUUAAGGGUACUGCGAAUGGUUGCUGAAACAGGAGAUGUGUAGUUCAAGUGUAAUGUGUCAUCAUAAAAAGAAAGAUGGAAGCCGUAGGUUUGUUAAAUCCUCAUUGCCAUAAGAGAGGAGAAUGCCUUGACUCAGUAUUAAAUCAUAAUGCCUGCUGAGGAAAAAAAAUAAAGUGGCUGACAACUUUGUUGUAUUAUGGAAUCAGUUAUGUACUCUUCAAAAUUCAAACAAUAAGAUAUUAGUAUGACCAUGCAAGCAUUUUCUAAAUGUUU